AUGUCUCCAGAAUCCACACUAAUCUUUGAAGGAGACUAUGCCGUGCGCAAACGCGGGUUUGCGCAUCUGCUAAGGAUGGAGGUGGAAUCUAUCUGUUUUCUCAAACAUCACCUAUCCGUGGCCAUCCCGGUCCCGUCCAUCAUCGGCUACUGCCUGGAUGAGCAGACCAAGACCAUUGAGCGCGUCGAGGAAAACUACAUCCGCAUGAAGAGAGUGUCGGGCGUGCGCCUCGACGUCGCCUGGCCGGGCAUGACACCCGGCGCCCGCGCCACCAUGUGCCAGCAGCUGCGGACCUUUCUCGAGCAGGUGCACCAGAUCGAGCCCGAGCCCGGCACGUACCAAAUACGCAACAUUGCCGGCGGCGCGUGCUACAACCACCGCAGGAGCGAGCCGCCCAGCCCGGCCGCGUCGGUGACGUCGGCCGCCGAGUUUCGGCGGCCGUUUCUGUGGUCCGCGUGCCCGGACGUGGCCACAUUUCAGGGCGCGCUGCCCAACGCGCUGCGCGCUCGCCGCGCCGAGGCCGCCGAGACGUUCCGGAGGCGGUUUGCGCGGUUGCAGCCGCCCCGGCGCGCGCGCUUCUGCCACGGCGACCUCUCGUGGGCCAACAUCUUUGUCGACGAGGCCACGGGCCGCCUCCACGGCGUCACAGACUGGGAGACGGCGGGCUUCUGGCCCGAGUGGUGGGAGUACUACAUGGCGCUGCUGGGGACUCGCGGUGAGCAGCCGUGGUGGCGGCAGGUUGUCGCAGAGGUCAUGAAGGAGUACCCCGAGGAGCUCAAGAUCAUGACGGAGAUGGAUUCGCUCGUGAAUGAGCUGGCAAAUGAAGAACCAGGGUAA